CAAUUCACUUGUCCAAUCUGUCUAGAAAUAUUUCUGGAGCCUGUGAAAAUAUCGUGUGGAAAUGAUCAUGUAUACUGUGCAGGUUGUUUAGAAGGUUAUAAAGAAUUGGCAGAACCAAGAUGUCCUCAAUGUAGAAACAUUUUUAAACCCUCUCAGUUGAAGAAAGCUUCCGAGUUAAACAAAUUACUGAAAAAGAAGAAAUCUUGUUGUAAAUGGUGUGGCAAAUCUCUAACUUUAAUACAACUUCGAGAACAUGUUAGUUCGUGUGAAAAAGUUGAUACAUCUCUUCCUGUAUUUAAACCAGUCAAACAGACCUCUCAGUCCUUUCCUAGUGAUGCACCAAAUCGAGCGACGUUUAAAUGUCCGUACUGUGGUCAGUGUAACCUUGACCUUGCAGCUUUAGUUAAACAUUGUAACAACAUUCAUAGAGAUAGUCCCGCUAAAGUGGUAUGCCCAGUAUGUUUGUCGAUGCCAUGGGGUGAUCCUAAUCGUACCAGUGGUAACUUUUUACAACAUUUAAAUCUUAGACAUAAAUUUGAAUAUGAUACGUAUGUGGAUUAUGAACAAGAUGAUGAGGCUAUGUUAGAAGCAGCUUUAAGGGCAUCUUUACAAGAU